AUGGGGCUGUAUACAAGGGGAUUCGCUGCAAUCACACGAGGAAAAUGGAAUAGCGAAGAAAUUCGAAGACUAUUACAAUGAAACAAUGUUGAUUCCUUGCGUGUAUGACGAAGCAUUGCAAGAAGAAGGGGAAAACUGAGCAGUUUUGAAGCUCGAGCAGCUAUCCUUCAAUCGGGAGGUUCUUCUCCGUUUCAGAUGGCUGUAUCCUGUAUGAACAAUAUUACUCUUCGGACUAAUGAGGAUUCAUCUCCUUCGAGUGAAGCAAGUGAAUCCGAACUGCGUUUUGGAGUUCUUAGCAUUCCUGGGAGCUCAAUUUGAUUCCAAGCAAAGACGGACAUUCAUCAACUUGCAUUGCUCAAUGCUCGAUUUGCUUGGAAGAGGUCUUGGAAAAUUCUGGCAGCAGGAUCGCAAGGCUUCACUGCUCCCAUGUUUUUCAUGUCGGUCAGCUUUGGUUUCUCUCUUUUUCUAUAAAUAUUUUUAAGACUGCAUUGGAUCAGCAUUUAACGCAGCGGGCGUUGCCAAUACACACAGAGAGGAUGGGGAGUGGAGAUUUUAUGAUGAAGGCAUUGAAAUCGAGAUGUUCAAGCUCUACAUUUUACUGAAAUGCUGCCACAUGGAGCUCAUGGUAUGCAGAAUCAUGGAUGGGAGCAUGGCCCACAAUUGGUACGGACAAAUUGGGUGAUAAUAGGACAACCUAUUAUACCGAGUGGGGUUGUCAUCCCCACUCAUUAUAACCCCAACCAGUUUGGGUUCCAUUCACUGGGUGGCCACUAUCCUCGCUUUGAUGGCCGCUAUUACAUCACUCCUAGGAGCGGUGUGAUCCAUGGCGGGUCAGUCCACUUUGCAACUUGGUCGGUGUUGCAGGUGGUGGGGCCGGUGGUGGUGAAUUACAUACGGCACCCAUAUUAGGACUGCUUGGUAGUUGUUGGACAAAAGGUGCAAAAUGCGAAAAACAAGUCAUUAGGAAAUAGAAAAACUUUUCGCCUACUUGGUUUAUUCUAGGACAGUGAUAGCGUACAUAAUGGUUAAAAGAGAGAACUUUUUUUUAAGGAUGUAUGUAUGAUGUUACAAACUAAAUUGAAAUUGUCCCAGUAGACAACUGUUUGUAUAGUGCAUUUCUACAAGUGAAGGUCAA